GCUGCUGCUGCUCAUACUGCACCACCCCCUCCUCCUCCUUCUCCCCCAUCUCCGUCCGCUUCCUGUUGCUGCUGUAGCUGCUGUAGCUGUAGCGGCAGCAGCUGUAUGAGAGUGGAUUCUCCGCCGUUUCCCGAGGGAACGCGAACCCGGGCAGCAGCGGCAGCAGCAGCAGCUCCGAGCCCGCGCUCGCCUGGCUCAGCGAUUCCUCCUCAACGCGGCCGCCGCUGUGAUGAGCGGCUCGCUCGCUCACUGCCUCCUCCUCCUCCUGCUGCUCCUCCUGCUCUCCCUCUCGCCUUUGUGCGUCGCUCCGUCACCGAGGCGCGGACCCAGCGCCACGGAGCCCAUCCAUCCUCGGGGCUGACGCCGCCCGCCCGCCCGCCCGUCGCCCCUUGCCGCCAGACGCCGCGGUGUGCGCUGCGAAACUCAGCCGGGCGAUGUCUUCUCCCCUUCUCCCUCUUCGUCCCGCUCCUCGUGGCGAUCUGCAGCGCGUCCGCGCGUUCCUCUGACGACGCGCGGCGGCUUUGUGUGAAAAUAUUUUUGUAAAACAGAGAGAAGGUGAGGCAGGGGGAGCGAGAGGAGGACGAGAAUAGAGAGGCGUCGGUUCGAGCGUCUUUAUAGAGGGUCGGGAUUACGCACGAGUUGGCAUCCUCUAGAUAUUGGGGAGUUAGCACGAGUUGGCAUCCUCUAGAAAUUGGGGAUUUAACAACAAGGGGGAAAAAAACGCACAAAGGCGCGCCCCGAUUGAAGAGUCGCUCUUGAUGAUGGUCAGCGUGCACACUCGGCAGCAGCAGCAACAGCAGCAGCAGGAGCAGCAGCAGCAGGAGCAGCAGCAACAGCAGCAGGAGCAUCAGCAGCAAGAGCAGCAGCAACAGCAGCAGGAGCAGCAGCAGCAGGAGGAGGCGCAACAAGAGGCACGGAGACAUCGCCACGCGCGCAGGAGGCGGCAGUGGGGGGAGGCUACCAUGGAGGGAGGCGGCCUCCCGUCCGCGCUCUGGCGAGCGGCUCUCCUCGUGGGCGCCCUCGUCGCGGUGGCCGAGGCGCAGGGAGGACGCGGAUCCUCGUCCCCCGGCUGCAAGGGCAAGGGCAAGCACGGCAACUGCGCAGACUACAACGAGCGGGAGGGGGGUGCUGAGCUGUCGUCGUGCGACGACUCCUCGUGCCGCUACGGCGGCGUCUGCACCGAGGUGGGAGACGACGUCGCCUGCGUGUGCAGCGGAUUCCAGUGCUCCACGGAGUACUCCCCGGUGUGCGGCUCCAAUGGAGACACGUACCAGAGUGAUUGCUUCAUGCGCCAGGCGGCCUGCAAGCGCCAGGAGGACAUCAGCGCCGCCACGGACGGGCCCUGCUAUGCCGUGGAGACCGGAUCUGGGUCAGCGGACGGAGAUGCGGAGGGCUCGGGCCGCGGCUCCACUCGCCGCACAGGCAGCUGCUCACGGUGCCGCUUCGGAGCCGAGUGCGAUGACGACGCUGAGGACGUUGGCUGCGUGUGCAACAUCGACUGCACGGGCCACAACUACAACCCGGUGUGCGCGUCGGACGGCAACUCGUACGACAACCCCUGCCUGGUGCGCGAAGCGUCCUGCAUGCGCCAGGAGCUCAUCGAGGUCAAGUACCUGGGCCGCUGCCAGGUGGAGACGCCAGUGAGGAAGCUGGAUGAGAACCAUCGAUACAACCCCGACGUGAAAGGCAACAAAGACGAGCGGAAGGAGGAGGUCUACAAGAGCCCCCAGGCGCCGUGUCCGGACAAGUUCAAGGAGUACUGCACGCACGGGAAGUGCGAGUACACGUACUCCCUGCGGGAGGCCACCUGCCAGUGUGACUCGGGCUACACGGGCCACCGCUGCGACAAGGAGCUCAACAUCCUGUACGUGAUUCCCAGCGGAGAGAAGCUGCACUACGUCCUCAUCGCAGCCAUAGUGGGCGCCGUGCAGAUCGCCAUCAUCAUCGCCAUCGUCAUCUGCAUCGUCCGGAAGUGCGGGAAGCGCAAGCGGGGACGGCCGCAGAAGCACAGCCUGGGCCACUUCAACUCGGACUGCGGCACCACCGCCUCCUCGCUCAUGAUCUGACGCCGCCACCGCGAGCCAUCUCAACGACCCGACAAUAAUUUUUAAUAUUUUACAUUUUUGUUGGGGCUGGGGGCGGGUGGGGUGGGUGC